AUGGAGUACCCGGAGAAAACCUACACAGUGAAGAUGCAGUUGUGUAGCGCUCUGGCGUAUAUGUUAGUUAUUUGUUCCGGGCUGUGUUGGGGGGACACCCCUGCCAACUGCACUUAUGAGGACUUGCUGGGGACAUGGGUCUUCCAGGUGUCUAACGGGGGUCAUGACAAGACUGUCAACUGCUCCGGUGAAGCCACAGGUGAAAGCUCCGUGAUGUUUACACUUGAGAAGCUUACUGUAGCCAAAGACGAGCUGGGAAACACUGGCUUUUUCACCCUAAUCUACAACCAGGGUUUUGAAGUAGUCAUUAAUGGCUACAAAUGGUUUGCAUUCUUCAAGUACACUGAAGAGGGCCCGAAGGUGACCAGCUACUGUGACCAUACCCUACCAGGAUGGGUGCAUGAUGUCCUAGGCAACAACUGGGGCUGUUUUGUUGGGAAGAAAUUGAAACCAGUAGCACCACUGGCUUCUUAUAAACCAGCACUGAGCCCCAGGCUCCUCAAAAUACCUUUUACACCAAACCAGGACGUCAUUGAGUCCAUUAACUCAGCCCAGAAUUCUUGGAAGGCUGUCUCCUACCCAGAAUAUAAGACUUACUCAAUGCAGGACCUACUCUACAAAGCAGGGGGACCAGCCUCCCGUAUUUCUGUCCAUGUUCACCCUACUUCUGUGACUGCUGAAGAAGCCAAGUUGGCAGCAGCUCUACCGGAGCACUGGGACUGGAGGAACGUGGAUGGCAUAAACUUUGUCAGCCCUGUUCGAAACCAAGCUUCAUGCGGUAGCUGCUACUCUUUCGCCUCCAUGGGAAUGCUAGAGGCUCGUAUCCGAAUCCGAACCAACAACAGUGAGACUCCCAUACUCAGCCCCCAACAAGUUGUUUCCUGCUCUGAAUUUUCUCAAGGUUGUGAUGGUGGCUUUCCUUUCCUGAUUGGAAAGUACGUCCAGGACUUCGGUAUCGUGGAUGAGUCCUGUUUUCCUUAUGUUGGAAAAAACACUCCCUGCGGAGUCCCUAAAAAAUGCAGUCGGACUUACGUAGCAGAAUACAGCUACGUGGGAGGAUUUUACGGCGGCUGCAGUGAGGCUGCCAUGAUGCUGGAACUGGUACAGAAUGGCCCCAUGGCGGUGGCCUUUGAGGUGUACCCGGACUUCAUGUACUACAAGGAAGGAAUAUACCAUCACACAGGCAUCUCGGAAUCUUUCAAUCCCUUCGAGCUGACAAACCACGCUGUGCUGCUGGUGGGCUACGGCCGCUGUCAUAUGACUGGCCAGAAAUACUGGCUUGUCAAGAAUAGCUGGGGCACCAGCUGGGGAGAAGAUGGCUACUUCCGAAUCCGCCGGGGAAGCGAUGAGUGUUCCAUCGAAAGCAUCGCAGUCGCAGCCAAGCCCAUUCCAAAACUCUAA